UAUUUUUGUAAGUAAAUCGUAUAAUACCAUCAAGAUGAUUCUAUUUAAAGUAUUCGUGUUUGUUGGUUUCUUAUCAGUCUUAAAAGCACAAACAAAAUUUAUGCCUAACUUGCCUAUGGGAGCAUAUCGAUUGAUAUUCUCAGCAAUUUAUCAAUGUGAUAAAACAAAAGAUCUUCCGAUCAAAAUGAAUGUAUAUUUGAGUAAAAAGACAUUUAAUAGUACCGAAAUGAAAGGAAAUUUCACAUUGGAUAUACCUUUUGAAGAUUCAUACAUACUUGAUGCAAACUUCGCUUCUUGGAGCUUAACUGGUGGUUGGAAACCAAACUCUCUUGUUUACGUAACUGAUAAUGCCUGUACUAAAUUGAAAAUUAUUCUUGGAAAUGCAUGGUUUUCAAUUCUAAAGGCGUUCAAUUUUUCAACUACAAACUGUCCAUUAUCAGUGGGUAUCUUUAAAUCAACAGGAUUCGACACAAUACUUUAUAAUGACAACAACUUUCCCAAAGUGUAUUUUUAUGGAAAAUAUAAAUUUACAGGUAAGCUAAAAGACAAAAAAAAUAAACAACUUGCCUGCAUAGUAGCCGAGUUAAACGUCAUGCGGCCAUGGGAAUCACUUAUAGAUUGA